GGGAGGAGGCUGGAAUCAUAGAGGGAGUAGGAGAGCCUUUCAAAGCCUGAGCUUUUUAUUUCUAAUUUUUGACCGAGAAGAGAGCUGCUGGUAUUUUUUCUGCUUCCUCUCUCAGAAAGAGCUCUUCAGAGGAUCUUACCACAGCUCCUACCUGCCUGCUUCAGCAUGAACAGCUCAGAGCAGAUUUCAUUCCUCUUCAGCUGUAAUGUCAGCCCCAGCGAAACGCCAAAGCUCGACAUCAGCGUCACCAAAAGUGAACCGCUGAGAAUCGCUGUCCCCAUGACCAUCUUUUACAGCCUCGUCUUCUUGCUUGGAGUUGUAUUCAAUGGUGUGAGCAUGCUGACCCUUCUUAUGGACGCUCAUAUGAGAGUCAGUGCCAUUCGUGUCUAUCUUCUGAGUCUGGUUAUUUCAGACCUUCUACAGCUGUUGACCAUCCCAGUCACUUUAUAUCGCUAUUACUGGGAGAGCUAUCCAUGGCGCCUCGGCCAAGCAGUGUGCAAAGUGUACUUCAUGGUCCGCCAGAUGUACUGUGCCUCCACAAGUUGGGUUAUUGUAACCUUUACCACAGAGCGUUAUGCAGCGAUAUGCCACACCAUGUGGUCUGUCUCCAGUCUGAAGAAAUCUAGGCUGCCGUGCCUCAUCACUGUGUGGAUUGUUUCCUUGGUCUCAGCUGUGCCAUUUGCAUUGGUUUAUGACCAGGCACAUGCCUGCAUCCUGGACUACACGGCAACAAAGCAGGAAGAUGCCUUCAAGGUGUCCACCAUGUGCGAAAUGACAGAGCCUGAUCCUGCACACAUCUACAAAGGAGCUUUACUUUUAAGAGCAGGGCUCUUCUUUCUGGUUCCUCUGGUUUCCAUCUUUACACUCUACAUGCUCAUCCUUCUCCACUUACGAAGGAAUGGUCAUCAAAGGAGGAACAUGGGCCUUAUGAGACCAGACUUUGAAGGAAGGCGGGAUAUUCAGUGCCAUCGGAAUGGAAAGCUACUUUCUAAUGAAAAGAAGGCUUUAAAACUUAUGGGUGCAGUCGUGGUAGCUUUCUUCCUCUUCAACUUUCCAGAUAUGGCCUCAUCACUCAUGCAGGUCUAUGUAGUAGUGUGGUCAGACACAGUCCUUUCUGUCUAUACUGUCCUGAAAUCAUAUUUAUCCCUUCCUCUGUGGUACAUCAAUGGUGCUUUGGACCCGCUUCUCUUCUGCAUUUCUUCUCACACAUUUCGCAGGGCCUGCUGGAGAACUUUGAGGAGGCUCAGACCUCGCUGUUACUGGAAGCACCAAGGUCUGUCUUGGCGUAGGACACCCAGUUCCAGCGAGGAUGCGAGUACAAUGACCACAGAACAAAAGAAACAAAGGAAACUGGAUAUAGAUAUAAGACAUAUGAAAUUAAACUGACAAAUAUUAUACAUAUUAAACUCACAAAGAUAAUAAAUAGGAAGGAUUAUUAUCAAUAAAAACUGGAACAGCACAGAUCCAAUAUUCAAGGGACCUGGAAAAUAUCAAACAAAAGAAUUAGAAAUGUAAAUGAAAGUCGACAUAAUCCAAACAACUUUCUAAAAGAUGACAUUUUCAUAGAUGAUAUUAAAGAAUUAACAAAUGUUAAUGAUUUUUUUUUGUAAAUGUCGGGCCUGUUUAAUCAAAUAAAAUCAUAGAGCGAAGGGAAACAAAAGCACUAAAUGAGGAGACCAUUAGAAGAAAUCCUAAUUCGGAGGGUACAAAAAAAUGCAACUACACAAAUAGUAAGACAGUUUAAAAAUAAACAGCCAACAGACAGCUAUGACAUAAAUAGGAUGUUGGUUAAAUAUAUAACAC